AACAACAAGAAGAAGAAGAACAUGGACGUUGUGUCUGUUGUUAUUCUGCCGAGGGAAGGGUUCCUACGCAGUUUGGAAAAGUAUGGAAUUUGAUUUGAAUAAUUUCCAGAUCUGGACCUCCAUACCACAUCAAAGUGAAGCUGCUACCAGAGAUGGGAAUAUUUCAGUCAUUCUACGAGUGAAGAGGCCACAUGGAUUAAAACAAGCAGGAAUAGUCCUGGUGUAACAACUAAUCCUGCUUAACACACUAUUGAAAAGAUGGAAUUUGUCAGAGUGGUGAUUGGGGACGUGAGUGAUCCAGAACCAUUCAAAAUAUUAAAGGAUGACUGUGAGGAACAGAAAGACCUGUUGGAGGUGAAAGAGGAAAGUCAAGAGUUGAAUGAAGUGGAGGAGAAAUGUCAGUUUGAGGAACCUCAUGCAUUCAUAACUGGUGAAAAUCUUUGCUCACAGUCUGAAAAUAAAUGUACACAGAAAACCGCUCUCAUCUGCCCUCAUUGUGGAAAGUGUUUUAAACAAAGAGGACACCUUGAUGAUCACAUAAGGACUCACACCGGAGAGAAGCCUUACACAUGCCUUCAGUGUGGAAAGAGUUUCACACAUAAAGGAAACCUUAAAGAUCACAUGAGAAUUCACUCUGGAGAGAGGCGAUUCGCAUGUCAGCAGUGCGGAAAAAGAUUCACGCAUAAAGCAAACCUUACAGAUCACAUAAGGAUUCACACGGGAGAGAAGCCUUUCACAUGCACACAGUGCGGAAGGAGUUUCACACAUGCAACAAGUCUCAAAACUCACCUGCUCACUCACUCUGGAGAAAGGCCAUUUAACUGUGAACAGUGUGGUCAAAAAUUCAUUUUAGCGGCACAUCUAAAAAGACACCUUAAAAUCCACACGAAUGAGAGGCCGUAUGUGUGUUCUUUUUGUGGGAAGAGUUUUUUAUGGCUCUGCUAUUUUAAAGACCACCAGAAAAAACACACCGGUGUGAAAGCUCAUGUGUGCUCUGAGUGUGGCAGUGCUUUUACUAGAGCCAGUGAAUUGAAAAUGCACCAAAGAAUCCAUACUGGAGAAAAACCGUACAAGUGCUCAUAUUGUGGAAAGAGUUUCGCUGAAUCUGGAAACCUGAAAAAACAUGAGCGAGUGCACACUGGAGAGAAGCCGUACCAGUGCCCUUCAUGCGGGAGGGGUUUCAGCCAAUUCAGCCAUCUACUGAGACAUUUAAAACAGCAAAAUUGUCCAAAGUUGUCACAGUUCAUCUUCAGGCCCCAAGAUGAGCAAAGUUCAUCCCCAGGUGCAACACUCUCAAAUACAUAGUAAUUCCAUUGAAUCAAAGACUCCCAAAAUAGCAGUUUUAUCUACAAGGAUGGACUGAUGUUUCUAGUCAUCUGGGAUGACUUGAAACUGAAGGACUGAAGUUCAAUAUAUUACUAUAUCUGUUACCGUAUUAUUAAGCUUUACAUAACCUGGAUUUCAUAAUAUAUAUCCAUAGAAGCUGACGUGGCAUUAAAAACAAACAUCAAAGUGGGUAACUUUUUAAAAUACAUUACUUGGAAUGAUGAAACUUAGUACAGAGUAGUAGGUUGCUGUGAAGUGCCAUGUUCUUAGAGGUGUUUUUCUUAUGUUGAAGUAGAAGUAGUACAAAAAAGUAUAUUGAUGUGGGAUGGUUCACUCAGAAAUGAAACUUCUGUCAUCAGCAUCUCUCUUUCAUGUUGCUCCAAACCUCUAUGAUUUCUUUCUGCUGAACACAAAAGGAGAUAUUUAAAGCAAUAGUUCACCCAAAAAUGAAAAUUAUUCCAUGAUUUACUCACCCUCAAGCCAUCCUAGGUGUAUAUGAAUAUCUACAUUCAGACGACUGCAAACAGAGAUAUAUUUAAAAAAUAUCCUUAGUCCUCCAAGGUUUAUAAUGGUUGUGAGUGGUACCCCAAAUUCUGAAGACAAAAAAAAAAAAAGCAUCCAUCCAUAAAAAAAAUGAUUCCAUACUACUCCAGGGGGUUAAUAAAGGCCUUCUGAAGCAAAUCGAUAAGUUUGUAUAAGACAAGUAUCCUUAUUUUAAACUUUAUAAAGUAAAAUAACGAGCUUCCGCCACGACAGUCCAAAAAGCGUUAACUUCCAUGACGUAGUACACAAUGCCAUGACGUACAACAUGUAGUUCGAAAAUGAAAGCAUUCGCUUUCAUUUUUGGGUAAACUGUCCCUUUAAGCCUUAUAUCCAAGCUCUUUGUUUAUAUCCUGCUCUUUUCCACACAUUUAAAACAGGUGUGCAAUUCUGCCUGUCAAGCGUCAAGUACAAUAAACGCAGACUCUUUCUAAAAUCCCUUUGUUUUCCAUGAAAGAAGUUUUGAGCAACAUUGGACACUAGAUUGUGACAGAUUCUCAUUUCAGCGUUAACCGUGCCUUUCUGUCAAUUAUAGUGGAGAACUGAAGAGAAUUAUCUGCAGUGAGAUCAGUAAGGUUUUGGUGAUGGAAGAUUAACCAGUCAACUGGUAGAACAUGAAACUCAGUGCCAAAAUCAGUUUGAUUUUCAAGUAACACAGUUGUUGAUAGAAUGUAUACCUUGAAUGCAUUCUGUAAGUUGAUUUAGACAAAAGUGUCUUCAAACUGAAUAAAUGUUUAAUGCUUGUUCACCUUUAGAAA